CGUCGCCCGAUAACGACACGACACGACACGACGUGUCCCUCCCCCCGUCUUACACACGGAUGGCCGCAUCCUAGCCACGCUCCCACAUGGAAUUGCUGACACCCUUCCUUUCGCCGUGUGUCACGAUGAUGCCUGGCCAGGGAGGAGGAGGAGGGCCUGCAGCAGGAUGACGCCUCGAGGAACAGCGAAAGGGGAAGAAGGAUCGUGGACGAGAGUCGCAUCAUCGUCAACCGACCUCCGCAUCUUUCUCUCGCCCAGGUUCAGACCAUGCGCCCCACAGGCCUCAUCUCACAUUGGAGUCAGCGAUUGCCUCCCCCGCCGCCCCCCUUGCUCGCAUCAUCGAUCACGGCGUGCUCGCACUCACAGCACUCACACUCACAGCACUCACACUCACAGCACACAAACACAUACAUACAUGGCCCGUCUCGGUGCGUAUCUGGGCCAACGAGAGAGUCCAGGAGGGAGACUGCUGCAGCGGACCAGCACUGACGAAGGGCAUCGUUGGCGGCCGAUGGGACGGGUUUGA